AUGGAGAAACUGGAACCCUCCUACAAUGCCGGUGGAAAUGUAAAACGAUUAGGCUCUGCUGCCGAAGGCUCAGAGCUAAAGUAUCGGGUUCAUGAACAAGAAAGCAGUGAAGAUGAGGAUAAUGACCUCUCACCUGAAGAACAAGAAAAAAAGCGACAGUUUGAAAUGAAGAGGAAGCUCCACUACAAUGAAGGACUGAAUAUUAAAUUAGCUAGACAGUUAAUUUCAAAAGACCUACAUGAUGAUGAAGAUGAUGAAGAAAUGUCAGAGGCUGCAUCUGGAGAAGGCAUGAAUUCGGAAGAAUCAAAUCAAGGAUCUACUUCAGGUGACCAACUGCAAAACAAAUCACAGAGUUCAUAGAAGAUACUUGUUCAACACUGUAAUUGUCACAUACAAACCCUGUUACUAUAAUACACAGCUUCUUGUUCUCUACAAUUCAGACCUUAUGUACCAAAAUGCAUACCAGUUAUUAUAUAUUGCCAAGAAUUAAAUAACUUUAGAGACUAAUUAGACUGAAAAUGCCUAAUUGAUAUAUAUAUUCUUGUGCCUAGUACUUCACCACAAACACAGUGUAAUGUCAUCAGUCCAAAACCACAUUAAUUUUGUAAGAACACUGGUUAAUUUGUAUAAGAUAAUUACAAAGCUUUUUAUGAUUUAGAGGUAAAAUAAUAUCUUGGGGGGGAGGGAUCUAAUUUAUUUUCUUCACUUCUAGAUGUGAUAGUUCUUAUAAAAAGUUUUUUUAAAAAUCAAAAAUCCCAAUUGGAACAAGAUUAUAUAGACUGGUGAAUAUUCAGUCUACAAAGUAUUUUAACAGGUGUCUUCAACUUGAUUUGUCUGUUUAAUUGAAAAGGAUUAUAUUAUAAAAGUUAUUGUUGCAUUUUCUGGCCUAUUACCUUUAAAACUCCUGUUGUUUAUGUUUACAAGGAAAGGAUUGAACUUUUUCCUCAUCAAAACUAGCUCUUUUCAUGAAUAAAUUAUCAGGUUAAACUUGCACUAAUGUCUACUCUGACUUUUUUUUGUAUACUUUAUGGGCAGAUUUCAGAUCAAUUUUUAAAAUAAAUAUAAUUCUAAUACAGUCUCAGCAUUCCCUUUUUCUUAACCUGCCUUUGUUUUUUACUCCUUUCCACACAUGUGCACAAAAUCCUUUGUAAAGCAUCAUAACGAUUAUUAUGACAUUAGGAACUCUUUCUGCUGUUACAAAUUCUAUCAUUUGCUACACAAUGGAAUUUUUAUUUUGACUAUCAGUCCCUGUUCUUCUAAUGCAUGGAAAAAAUAGAGUGACCAGCAGCCGUACUAUAUACCGGAGAUACAAUUCAGCUGCAAAAUCUCUCCUCCUCUCCAAUUCAAAUCUCUCCUCCUCUCCAGCUUGCUUAUUGAAUUGCUGGUAUUUAUUGUUUGACUUAGAAAACCCCUAGGGUUUUUUUGGUGAGAUGAGGCAGAUGUUGUAUGUAACCGAUGUUGCUAUGAUAGUUACUGAAUGUAAAAACAGAGGUAAUCCUGAACUUUUUUUCAUUUAAAAACUUCAAAUAAUCCCUGCUUUAAGGGAAUUUGAUAAUGUAUACUAUGACAGAUAUACUUUAUUCUUCUAACAGUAAGAUUUGGAUUUUUUCCCUGAAAUGUAGUGUUGUUCCUUUGCUCUUUGUUUAGUCAUGGUUUCAUUUCUAGUCAUUUAUUUGUAUCUCAAUUUUUCAUUAGUACCAAAAGAAUCCAUUAUGUGAAUAGACUUUUAAAAUAAUUUCUGUGUAUUAUGUAUAUGAAAAGGCUUUUUUGAACAGCUUAUCUUCCACUUGCAAAUUUAUGAAAUACCAGUAAGUCAAGAUAAAUAAAGUGGGAGAAUUCUCUGCUGUUUGAAGAAUGUGCUUAUUAUUUUGAAUGUCUUUUUUUCCUAAUGGGAUCCAAUCAAAGUACAUCUGAACUAACUGCAGGUGUAGUAUUCUAAUUAAAGUAUAUAAGCAAGUAUCACUGAUUUAUAAACAAGUGUUUAUCUUUACUUUCUGACGUUAGAAUUUUGAGUUAUACCUGCCUAACACAUUUGGGGAAACUUAAGUUCGUGCCUAUGUGUGUAUAUGUUCAUGCACAGAGACCACAGUUUUUGGUUUUCUCAUUUUAUUCUUAGAAAGUACAUACUCUUUAUUUUUAGAAAUAGCUGUGUACAAUGAAGAAAAGGUUAUACCUCUAACAACUGAUUCUUUUGGUGUUUCCUAUAAACUACUUCUUGAAACUUAAAUAAUAAACUUGUUUCAGGAAGUAGAGAGUUGUGUUGGAGGUAAGACACAGCAAAUAGCAUGCUCAGUAAGAUUUUAAGUAGUCAAAUGUAAUUGAGUAAGACUAUUUUCAUCAAGUCAUGAGUUCUACUUGACAUGGUUUUGGACUACACAAAAAAUGUAACUUUAUGCUCCAAAGUAGACUUUCCUUUAUAGAGAAAGUUACCUGUCAAUGUUUAAUUCUAGCCAAGAGAGAUUUAACUUUUUAACCAGUAGCAUUUCCUCUGCUUAACUGUUUAUUCAUUUUUCAGUCUAAAAUUCAGAAAUGAUCUUUAAAAUCUGAGACAUAUAAUGGUAUAAAUGGAUUGUUAAAAAUAACUAAGUUGAAGAUUAAAGUUGAAGUGCCAUUUUUCACUAGACCUUCAUUUUGUUUACAUUUUUUCCUUUAAGUUAGUACACUCAACACAUUGUAAUAAAAUACAAUAAUAUAAA